CUCUCUCUGGAGAUAAUCUGACUUAAUCUGUCACUGUCAAUCACUCUUAAUCUCAACUGUCAAUGUCAAUCAUUCUGGCUGGCUGGAAGGUAGGUCAGUCAGUCACUAAUUUUACUAUUUUUCACCAAAGAUUUUAAGCACAAGCAUCAGUUUAACAGCCACGAAUACUAUAGUGAUUUAGUUGUUCUUCUUCAGACUUUAAAUCACUAACUUCCUAAAUUACAUCAAGUCGAACAGACCUUUGUAAACUCAAUGGUUUUAUCAGCUUUGGGUUCGCCCUAAGGAUUCACCAUGAGUAAACCAGACUUAGAACAGCUUGUUGGAAAGAAUCAAUCUAUUAAGAUUGUCCCAUCCAUAGAAGAUUCUUUGUGUGCAUUAGGACUGAAUGUGAAUUUGGAUGACAAUACUCUAUUCUGGUAUCAACAGUUAAAAACCACUUGGAAGACAUGGAAGAAAACCGCGACUCUCGAAAAUCACGUUGAACUGUUCUUCGAGCACGUUCUAGAUCCAUUCAGAGUUGGUUUAGUGUUUGUUAUUAAAAGUGAAGAUGUCAAAGAUUGCAAGCAAAAGACCUUGCCAUAUUUCAUCAUAGAAACCCUUCAAAAAUGGUCAAUCGGAAGUGGUAAAACUCCGGACGAUUCCUUAAAACUGCCAGCAUUCCAUGUAGCUAUACAGCAAAGAAGUAAUAAUUUUCUUAACUUGCUUAUUAAAACCUAUCAUGUUCCAACAAUCAAAGGAAUCAUAAUUCCUGUAGUGAAAGAUAUGAUCAAAAAUGAUAAUUGCAAAUUGGCAUCCCAAGUUGUUAUAGCUAUGGAUUUAUCUGAAGAUAUCCCAGUUGAAGAGUUGCUUUUCCCACUAAUUUUACAAGAUAAGACAAAUAUAAUUGACGAGUACUUGACUGAGUGCCCUAGUCAAGUACAUAAACUAUUGCAAUACUUGGACAACUUACUUGAUAAAAGAAUAAAUUUGAGGGAAUUUGCACAAAAAUAUAUUGUGGAAAAUAAAAUUUGUCAUGUAAAAUAUGAAAAAAUACAUUACAAGCCACUUGGAAAAUUGGUAGCUAGGCUUUGUAACAAAUUCAAUAUUCCAAUUGAAAGUUGCAAGAAUCUCAGUAAAAACCGAACUACAGGUGGUCUAAGGUAUUUAAUUCACCAAAAAUAUCAGGAGCAUAAUGUUAGCUCUUCUGUAUGGGAUGACCUAGUGAAAGAUUCCCUGAGACAAAAUGCAGGUUCUGCUCAAGAGUUCAUUGACAUGUUGAUGGACUAUGACAAAAACGAAGCCCGUAAAUGGGCUGAUUACUUAAAUAUACCAACAGACAACUUACCAUUGGCAUUAAGAGAAAUGACUAUAAACGAAGAACCAGUUGAAGAAAAUUGGGAUACAGUAGAGAACAGCACACUUGAAUAUUAUAAGUUAUCUUUACCUGAAGAACAUGUGGUAUUAAUAGAUACUGGUGAAAAAUUUUAUGAUCUGAUGACAUUACUAAGCCAAUGUAGUCUCGUAAGUAUUGACUGUGAAUGGAAACCCUCCUUUGGAGCCAAGCAAUCUCAAGUCGCCUUAAUUCAAGUGGCUACAUACACUCACAUUUAUCUUAUUGACGCUUUACUGUUAAACAGUCAAUCAUAUUCAAGUUUCUGGUAUACCUUUUACAAAACAUUCUUAGACAACGCUGAAAUAAUAAAACUGGGUUUUGGACUUGAACAAGAUUUAAAAGAAAUGAAGGCAUCUGUUAUUAGCUUAGGAAAUAUCAAAGUAAAAGGUGAAGGAUUGUUAGACCUGUCCACACUUUGGAGAAAUCUCCUUAACAGUGGUCUAUCUGUGCCAAAUUGUGAUGAGCAAACCGGCAAUAGCCUAAGCAAUUUGGUUCAAUCUUGUUUUGGAUUGCCUCUUGAAAAAUCAGAACAGUGUUCAAACUGGGAACUGAGACCUCUACGUAAAACGCAAAUACUUUAUGCUGCUUUAGAUGCUUACGUAUUAGUAGAAGUAUACAGAUAUCUCCAAAACUUGUGUGUGGAGCAAGGUAUAAAUUUUGAAGAAAUUUGCAAUGUAGCAAUGCAAGAACCAAAGAAGAAAUCACUGAAGAAAGUCAAAGUUUAUGAGAAAACAUCUCCAUUCAUGCCAAGUAUUCAUUCAAGAACCACUAAUGAAGUAAAGGUACUAAUUGAACCAAAAAUAUCCCAUCUAAUGGCUUACUUAAGAUAUUGUGGAAUAGAUACAACAGUAUUUCCUGAAACAAUGUUAUGGUGUGAUGUCGUUAACUUGGCAACAAGCGAAGAGAGGUACAUUUUGUUGACGAAACAUAGGGGCACCCCUGAUGUGAAUUUUCCUCAAAGCUCAAUAAUUAAUGUGGGUAAAGGAAUUGUCGUAGAUCAACUACAAAUAGUAUUUAAUUCUUUAAAUGUAGGUAUUAAGCAAAGUGAUCUUUUCAAGUUUUGUAUUAAAUGUAAUGAUAAAGAAUUAACUAAGUUAAGUCCAAAUGAAGUCCAAGCUAUUUGUAAGGAAUAUCAAGCUUCUAGAGCGAAUUAUAGUUCUUACCCAAAUAACCACCGUAGUGACUAUGAUGACGAUAUUGACGAGUUGGAUAAUUUUCUGAGUGACUCAGAUUGUGACGAAGAUCUAUACAAAGUUGUAAAUGUCAUAAAACCAAACAAUAUCUCUUAUAAAACCAAAAAAGGGGCAUUAAUCCAAAUUGAAAAUGUUAAUUCACCAUCAAACAAACCAGGAUUAUUGUGUGAAAGUUGUGGGACAUUGUUUAGAGAUAGUGAUGAACUAUCAAAAUCUGUAAGUGACACAAUACUUAGUAUAACAAAACUUUCCUUUUGGUAAAUAGAACCAAUUGUGGUGGUACAAAAUGAGAGAGAUGAUGUACAAAUGAUUUUGUUUAUUUGAGGUAGAAUAUACAUUCUAAGUGAUAAUAACAUAACAUUAUGUGAAUAACAUUUAAAAGUAACUGAAGAAAAUUUACAAAUUCAUUUGCAUAUGGAUAUAAAUUGCGUCAAUUUAGGAUAGCAACAGCAUUAUGUAACAUAGUAUUGAUACUGAUGAUAAAUAAAAUAUUUCCACCUAUUUACCAAGUUACAAAAAUCAUUAUAGCUAAGUAGAUAACAUGUAAAUGUUUAUUUACAAACAUAAAAUAUAUCAAAAAGUAUUAAAUGAAAUACUACUUACAACAACAAUUAGUCUAGUUGUACUUAAAUCUUUGAAAUACACCAGCCAACCUAUGUCAGUAUAUUUAAAAACAAUAAAUCCAGUCCAAACACUUGUACAGAUACAGAUCCAAAGAAAUAUAUCAUAUCACUCAUGAAACAAGGCAAUAAUGUGUAUAAAAAGUAGUUUAACACAAUUAAUUUUCUUUGGUUUGUUUUAAAUGUAUAAUAAAUAUCCAAUUAGUUAAGUAGUAUAUUAUUAGGAUAGAUAUUUGUAUUACUGUUGUUAUGUUUAUAGCAUACUAGGGAUCAGAAUCCAAUAUGUUCACUAUCUGUAAGUGGUCCAUAAUUAGGUAAUAACGCUCAAAA